UUCUAUUUUUACCAUGUGUUUUAUUUGUCACCCUAACGAUUUCUAAAUUUUGAAAUUUUUGAAAUUUUCUAAUUUUUCAUCGAUUAUUUUAGUUUGGUCAAUACUACUAAAAAAUUGAAUAAUAUAUUGAACCUGAUUUAUUGUUUCACUGUUUGCUUCUUCUUCAUCUUCUCUUGAACGAUAAGAAAACGAAGAUUUGUUCGACAAAUUUGAAUAUAAUUCAAGAAUCUUUUUACCUUAUUGAAUUUAUUUCGAUUUUUGAAAACUGUAUAUUGUCAUUUUUUCGCAAAACAAUCAAUUAUGGAGUUUGCAUCGAAAAGAAUGGUUACAGCUAUUUGCCGUCAACGUCAUUAUUCAUCGGGAUCUAUCAAUCGAAAACUAAGUCAACGUUCAUGGAAUAUCGUACGAUUUGAUCAGGAUCUAAAACGUGCAAUCGAAUUCAAUUCAAAUAGUCAGUUACCGGUUUUGAAUCGUCCUAAUGAAGUUAUGGUCAAAGUAUUGGCUUCAAGUGUCAAUCCAUUGGAUAUCGAAAUGAGUCGUGGUUAUGGUAAUGUAAUGUUAUCAUUAGGCAAUACGGUCAUGUCACAGGGUAUUGAUCGACUUACAUAUGGCCGAUUACCAGUAACACCGGGUCGUGAUUUUGUUGGCGAAAUUAUUUCAAAAGGUCAAAGUGUUUGGAACUAUAAACCUGGUGAUAUUGUAUGGGGUACAGUACCUCCAUAUGAGAAUGGUUCACACGCUGAUUAUGUUAUCACUUCGGAUAAUGCUAUCAGUUAUAAGCCGAAAAAUUUAUCAAAUGUUGAAGCUGCUGCUUUGCCUUAUGUUGGAUUGACUGCCUGGUCUGCAUUAUCAACAUUUGGCGAAUUGAAUUCACAUAACAGUCAUAACAAAAAUGUUCUUGUUCUUGGUGGCAGCGGAGGUGUUGGAUGUUUCGCAAUUCAAAUGUUGAAAUUCUGGGGCGCUCACGUCAUCACAACUUGUUCGGCAAAAACAAUCGAACCGUUGAAAGAAUUGACCUCGGCCGAUGAAUGUAUCGAUUAUAAAAAAACAGAAGAUUAUCUCCGUCAAUAUCCUGGCACAUUUGAUUUGAUUCUGGAUGCCUCGGCAGCAUCGGCUUCAAGAAAAAAUUAUGACCUGAUCAAAUCGGUUGUAAAUGAAAAUCAAAAGAAUCCCAAUGCAAUCCCUAACCGUUCUGGCCCGUUGACACGAGUUUUUGAUCGUAAACGUACAAUUUAUGUAACACUUAGUUCACCAUUAUUGCGCAACUAUGAUCGUUAUGGUUUAUUAUCGGGUACGAUGAGUACAAUCUCCGAUGCAUUGGUCGAUACAUUGAAUGGUAUUCAACAUGGUAUCAGUUUUCGUUGGGCAUAUUAUCUACCAAAUCCAAAAGCAUUGGCAUAUAUUGCUCAAUUGGUUGAACGUGGUAUGAUACGACCAUUUACCAGUAAUGUUUAUGAUUUCGAUAAAGCCAUUGAUGCUUAUGAAGCUUUUGAAAUUAAACGUCCAAUGAUGGGAAAAGUUGUACUCAACAAUGAUAAAUAAUUUAUUUGACCACAUCAUUGAUGACUAUAAACAUAUUUUGUUAUUAAAUCG